UCGACUGUUUCACAGGACAUGUUGCCGGCAACCUUCAAACUAUGUGCAGGUAUCUCCUAUCGCCAUAUGAGGAACAUGACAGGUGUGCGGAAGAAUGCCAUGGCGGCCAUUCACCAUGAGCUCAACAGACUGGCGGGUCCAGGCUCAAAUAACUGGAUCAGCCAUGUCGGCCGAAGAGGCUCGCUCUUCAGUCCCCAAAUUGAAGAGGAGGGUGGAUACGGGGAGGAGGAGAUGUCCUAUCUAAAGCAGGGCGAGGAAGCCCUGCAGAAAGCUAUCAGCAUCCUCAGCGAGCAGGACGGCUGGAUCACGGAGACAGUGGCUGCAAACGGUGACAAAGUUCUGAGUAAGGUAUUGCCUGAAGUUGGGAAGGUGUUCAAACUGGAGGUGAUACUGGACCAGCAUCCAGACAGUCUCUAUGGAGAACUGGUGGGCAAUAUGGAACAAAUGGGGGAGUGGAACCCUAACAUCAAACAAGUUAAGAUCCUUCAGAAGAUUGGGCUGGACACUAUGGUUACCCAUGAGGUGUCUGCAGAAACACCUGGUAAUGUGGUGGGGUCACGGGACUUUGUCAGUGUCCGCUGUGCCAAACGGAGGGGCUCAACUUGCUUUCUGGCUGGAAUGUCCACUCAGCACCCAGCAAUGCCCAAACAAAGGGGUGUGAUCAGAGCAGAGAAUGGGCCUACCUGUAUCGUCAUGAAACCUCUUGCUGAAGACCCAAAUAAGACCAAGUUCACUUGGUUGCUAAGUAUAGAUCUUAAGGGCUGGAUCCCAAAGACUAUCGUGAACCAAGUGCUCUCUCAAACACAGGUGGACUUUGCCAAACACCUCAGGCAAAGGAUGGCUAAUAAUAAUAUCUCUAUGGAAAUGGCUCAUGCCUGCUGACACAACAUGCUCCUUGGGCCUUGGCUGUGCACGCAGCAAUGGAAAAAUAGAAAAGUGGCGGCCCCACCCAGUCAAAAUCCAAGAUCUGAUAAAUCUAACAACUACAACAGAUGAGAGAAGCAAGAGGAGAUUAAGAAAAUUACAUGAAGAUAAUACUGUUCUGAGAUCUUAAGACCAUCUUAGUUGCAGUAUUACCACUGUAUGAAACCAGCAGCCAGGCACGUAUGAUAUACACUGUGUUUGCAACAACACUUUUAUUCGUUGUUCAUCCUUUCAUUGCAAAAUUGCACUUUUAUUUUAAAAGAUGUAUUUAUUGAAAUAAUGACAUUGCUUUAGAG